GUUUGAAUGCAGAACUCCUAUCCAGUAGGUGGCGGGAAUGCCAACCGCCAUUACCUCUAAUCUAUGAAGAUGUUUGAACGCAGAUUUUACCCGUCUACACUAAUCUUGUCGACAUGAGUCUAUCUACAUAUGAAGACCUGAUCAUGAAUAUGUACGUAAAUGGACACACAGAUACUGAAAUUUCGUAUCAUUUAUCGGAGCUAGGAGUGCAGAGGGGGAAUUCAGAACGAAAUUUACGAAAAUUUCGUUCUGAAAGAGGUGUUAAAAGAAAAAGCAUCUCCGACGAGGAAUUGGAGUUGGCGGUUUCAAGGGCAGUUAUAGAGACUGGACCAUAUUAUGGCCGCAAAAUGAUGACAGGCUACCUUGCUGCACAAGGUGUGCAGGCAGCAGAGGUUCGAGUGGGACAGAAAUUAGCACAGAUGCAUGAACCAUAUCACCGGGCUCGAUGCCAGGGUGCAAAAAAUUUAAAUCCAGUCCCAUACAAUGCAGAGUAUGUAGGCCACAAACUCCAUAUGGACCAAAAUGAGAAGCUUUGCAUGUUUGGGGUCACACAUGUUAUUGCUAUUGAUGGUUUCAGCAAGAAAAUUGUUGGCCAUUCCACUAUGCCAAUAAAGAACAAUUUAACCAUUUAUGAAGAGGUGUACAGAAAUGCUGUCAUUUCCCAUGGCAUGUGGGAUCAGGUCAGGGUGGACCACGGCACAGAAUUUUACCUAACCCUCUUCAUGCAGGAAAUGUUGGCAGAACACAGACAUAACCAGCAAAGACUGCCUUACCUGCAGACAACAUCAACAAAGAACCACACUGUAGAGAGGAUGUGGCCUGAAGUUAAUAAGCGGGUCAAUUUUCCAAUCAAGAGAGCACUCAUUCAGAUGGUUGACCAGGAGUCUUUGGAUAUGGAGGAUGGGUUGACAAGAUACUGUUUGUCCAACCUUACAUGCCAGAUCAGCCAGAUUGGAGUGCAGAGAUUUGUUCAUGCAUGGAACAGUCAUUAUAUUACAGGUAAAGGCAUCCCCAAUCUGCUGGCAAGAGAUGGCUGCAAAACAAGGAUUGUAGAGGAACUUUUGCUGAGGGCUUCAGAAGCUGCUGAGCUGUACCAUCAGGAAAUGGGACAGCGUUUGACCAGUUCGUCAGCAUUUGGCAUUGACCCAUUCCGGUCUGAGGAGGAUAAAAUUAGGGCUGAGACAGAAUUCAAUUCCCUUUAUUUUGACCUUGAAGAUGUAUUGAACUACACUGUAAAUGAGUAUUGCCACCUGUUCCAAGACUGUUUAACCCAGCUAAUUAACAUCACCAGAAGAUAUGCAUAGAUAUCACAACAAGAGGUGCAAGAAUAAAUCCCUCAAUGUUAUUGUAUAUAUAUUUUUUACUACUGUAAUACAUCUGUUUUAGUCUACUGUAGCAUGCACUGUAUAUAAUAUUGCGAGACCAGCAGUUAUAACUACAGUAGUUAAAUUAGAAUAAAU